UCAAGGUUAUAUAAAAUAGCUUGAAAAUAUAUAUGCAUAUAUAUGUAUAUACACGUCUUAGAGCUAUUUAAAAAUCUAACUUACAAAGAAGAAAUCUUUAAAAAUGAAUCAUGUUCAUUACGAGUACUGAAGCUGUUAAACGUUGUCAAAUGUUCAAAACUUCCCCAAGUGUGAGAAUGAACUUUUAAGCAAGGUCUAUCUUUUAAAUUACGCUAAGCUGUGUGGUUUAAUUACAGACUUUCUCAACGUAAAUUUAUUAUUUUUCAAGUCAACGAGAAUUGAUUAAUGCAGAUUUUUAAAAACUGUUUGGUAAUCUUUCCUUUUGUUGAAACUUCAGUGAAUUUAAAGUAAGUUUUAUAAACAGAAUAUCUUCUCGAAUGGAAUUAAUUAGAGCAGAUUUUUAAAAACUAGUUAAUAUUUAAUUGCAUUGAAUUUCAAUGGAUGUCAUCUCUCCUGAGCCUAUCAGUCGCCGAUUAUCGUAUCGACGAUCAAUCACACCCGCACGUGCAUCCGGAUCUUAUAAAAGGCAAACAAGCUGCCGAAUUACUCCUCCACCUGAUGCAGUGGACGAUGAUGGAGAACCUUCAGCUCCUUCCCUGGAGCUUAUGGACAAAGUCCGAGGCUACGAGAGCGCAUCUUUCGAAGCAAUUGAUAUACCCCCACCUUUACUGCCUGCUGUACAAAAAACAGAAAGUGAACCUCACAGAUCUCCAUUACCUAAUAUCCCACAGUUAACCGAGAAGGAAGUUAGAGAUGCUCUUCUGAAGGAAGUUUCAUCUCAUUGCUGUUAUGGUAAAAAUGCUGUCAGAGAUAUGGCUGUCACUGAAAUAAAGCAUUCCAUAGCAUUUCAUUAUACUUUAGAAACUUUUACUGAGAAAAGGACAACAUGUUGGGCUUUUGAGCCUUAUACAGGAGGUACAAUUGAUGACAAGAAUACAGAUCAGGUUCCGUUUCCAUGGGAUAUUCCAGCAACUCCUCCUUCAUACUUCAAAAAUCAUGUUACACAGCUUGAAGUUCCCCAUACUGCAUCUAUAAAGACCUGUCAUGUAUGUGGUGGUGUGGGUCGCAAAAGAUGUAGCACUUGUUCAGGAAGUGGCUGGGAGUAUUGCUUUUCUUGUCAUGGUGAUGGACAUAAACCUUCUGCUUUAGAGAGUGAAAAUGGUCGUUGCUUGCAGUGUCAUGGCACAGGACGUAGGAGGUGCUGGAAGUGCAAUGGUGAUGGAUUAGCUGUCUGUAAGGGUUGCUGUGGCACUGGCCAGAUCAAAUGUUUUAUACGCCUGACUAUAACAUGGACAGAUCAUAUGGAUGAUCAUGUUGUUGAACAAGUGGCAGCAUUAAGAGAUGAUAGAAUACGAAGUGUUACAGGUGAAGUAGUUUGUGAAGAACAAGAUGCUGUUCUCUGGCCUUUGACUCAUUUUCCUGAUACAACAGUUAGCAUGGCUUCAGCGCAGCUUAUUCAAAAGCAUGCUUCUUGUUUCACAUCAGAGAAAAUCUUGCAACAGCGUCACAAAGUAAGUGUUGUUCCAGUGGCUGCUGUUAAAUAUAAAUGGAAGAAUCAUGAAGGCCUUUUUCAUGUCUAUGGGUAUGAGCAAAAGGUGUACGCUCCUGAUUAUCCACAAACCUGUUGCUGUUGCUGCAUUUUAUAACCAGCAGAAUGGAAAACAUGACAUUUAUUAUUUAAUGAGUAUACUUUUUAUAUUUUGGACUGAUGUGCUGUGAAACACAAGUGCCUAAAAAUCAAUGGUAGUUGUGAAAUGGUGUAAAAUAAUAUACAGUGCUAGUAUAUUUGAAUAUCUAUUGAAUUUCAGAUUGAUGCAUUGUGAAAAGUGCCUAUUAUUUAAGGAAUCUCUCUCUCUCUCUCUCUCUUUUUUUUUUUUUUUUUUUUUUUUUGUUGUUGUUGUUUUGUUUUGAUAGAUAGAAUUGAAAUACUAUUCUUUUUACUAUAUUUUUACACACGAUGUAAGAAAAAUCGCCAAUGUAUUUUGUCAUCUGAAAAGAUUUAUAAAGAAAACCUCACAUCAUGAAACUUUUUAUCACUAGUCAUUUUUAGACUCUUUGUUUUUUAUGUAAGGACCAAAUAGUUGAGUGUGUUAAGUAAUACAAAUAUGCAAAUAUCAAAUAGUUUUAACUAUAAAAAGUACAGUUAAAUGUUCGGGUUAUGGUAUGUGCAGUAUCACAACAGCAUGUUAUCUACUGUAACAAGCUAAAAAUAGUAUUGUAACAGGCUAAAAAUUUAUUAAAAAUAUUUAUAUAUAGUAUCAUAGACUUCACUGUUUAUUAUGUUGUAUGUGCAAAGAAUAAAAUUAUUAGAAAGUCUGUACUUUAAAAUUUCUCAUAAUCAGCAGUGGAGAUCAUCCAAUGGGUAAUGCAUGUUAUUGCAUUUUGUAUUAAGAUAUAUGUUACAAUUUAUAAAAAUUUUGAAGUUAAUAUGGAUAAUUUUAUAUUAUUUACUCUAUGCCAAAAACAUGUUAACUUAUUCUACCUUUAAUUAUCUUAUAUUUUUUUACAUAAAAACAUUGAACACAGAAACAGAUUUUUUUUUAAAUCAAUAGAAUUUCGUAACUUAUUCUUAUGUAACUGACUUUAACAAUUGUGUAGGAAUGAGUUAUAAAAAACAUUAACUGAUAUUUAGUUUUGCUGCCUGUGAUGAUGUUUAAAUCUUGAAACAUUAUUUUUAAUCAAAUACAUAAUUAAAUUGGCAGCUGGGAGGCAAGGAUUUUAUAGUUUUUAUUAAUGUAUUAAGUCCAAUGUUAAUAAUUCUUUGAAAGAAUAAUAGAUUGCUAUUAAUAUUAUUAUAAAUACAUUAAUGCCUAGGUUUAAAAUAAUAAUAUAUUUUGCAUUUUAUUUUAAAUUUAUCAUUGAUUUAUAUUCUAUACUUUUCUUUGUACAAAUUGAAUUAUAAUGAUUUUGGCUCUGGCUUUUAUAUGUAGUUCUAAGGAACUUGUUCAAAAUAUGCAUACAUUUUUUGUUCAAGUCCACACAUUUACAUAAUAUUUUAAUAUGAAGACAAUUUUUGCCAAUUCGUAGCGUUCAGAAUAUUAAAAAAUAAUGGUGAAAUUAUUAAGUUGAAAAUUUAUCAGUGUUAUUUCCACACACAUACACACAAAUAAACACGAUACUUUGAGAAGGUUAAGAGCUCUUUAUUCCUAAUCUUAGCUAUUUAUGAUAAAAUGAUAUAGGGGGUAUAGGGCAAUCUUAGAACUUUAGUGUUUUAUUUUUAAUACAUGCCUCAAAAGUUUUGUGUGUUAAACAUUGCACUUCUAGAUUCAAUUCAGAAGAAUUGUGUGUUUCAUAUCAUAUUUGUUAAAUAAUGUAACAAGCCUAAUUUUUAUUGUUUUAAUUUAAAUUAAUUUUUUUAUCUUAACUGACGACUUUUCAAGUUUCAGUUAGUCAUUUAAAUGCUUGUUUGUUUGUGCCAAAUAUACAUAGUAUAUGUAUUUUGUAAUGUACUUUAUUACUUUAAAAUUUACUUCUCCUAUUAGAAAUAGGAAACACUGAAAAUUUGAGGAAUUUAAAAUUGAAUUUCCAAGAGGGCAGUAAAACUUGAAUCUUUAGGCUAUUACUUUUCCUAAUUUACUGUAUGACUUUUCUUUCAUAAUACAAUUUAUAGGAAUUAUUUUAACAAAUGCACAGUUUAAAAAAAAAAAUUUAUACGGAUGUAUUUUGCAUUUAUUUAUUAUUUUUUCCCUUGAACACUCAGUUUUAAAGUACUAUAAACAUAUGAAUGAAAACAGAUUUAAAAGUAGUUGUAAUGUAGAAACAGAUCACAGUGUGUAUGAAAAAUUAAACAUUAAAAAAAAAUGUUGAAUCAAACAUUUAACAUAUAUUAUGAUUAAAUUAAAUUGUAAGUAUUAUGAAUCUUUCUCCCCCAGUAAAUAAAAAAACUUAUUUUUGUUGCAUUUCACUACCAUUUAUUAAAAUAUAAUAUCUAGUUUUAAACAGCACUGUAAAUGUUAAUUUUUUGGGUAAAAAUUGCAACUGGUAUAAUAUAGAUCUGCAUUCAGAAAAGAUGAACAUGCUUUUGACCCUUGGGCAGUUUUAAGCAUUUAUCUAUUAUGUAGAAUAGAAAUUUGAAGUAUUAUUAUUAUUAUUAUUAUUAUUUUUUUUGUGUGUGUGUGUGUGUGUGUGUGUAUGGAUGGAUGCUUAAGAAUAUUUGUACUUUUAGUAUUGAUGUAAAUGAGAAAUGUUUAUAAAAGCAGUGAAACAGAAAUACAGAAUAUGAAAAUGAACAAUAGGUUAAAUACGAGAUUAAAGAAACUGCAUAUUACCAUUGCUUUUGGAUCUGUUUUUCUAUCUGAAACAAUGUUACAGAAAAAUCAAUACAGCAAAAUUUCAGUAAGACAAAGUUUUUAAAAUUAUGUAUUUUUGAAUUGAAUAAAUUUAAUAACAGGGAAAUUAUGCAAUUUUAAAUUGAUAACUUAAUACAGAUUAUUUCAUUUCAUAUCCUAAACUGACUUUAAAGAAUUUUAUAAUUUAAAAAAAAUCGAAAAUCAAUAAAAAAUGAAUUAAAAAAAUAUUAAUAGUGUUGCAAUUAAAAAUUAAGGGAAAAUAAGUCAUUCUUAUAAGAUAGGAACACCUUUUUAAAGUAAAUCUGAAAUGUCAUUUAAACAAUCCUUGUUAUUUCCUCUUAAAUCUUUGCAUUUUUUGACAUUAACUGCAUGGGAUUAUUUUACAGAAAAUAACAAAGAUAAAUUUAUGUUAUGUGAAAUUGACUAGCUGCAUUGUAUUCUAUAUAAGUGGAGUAUUUUGCUGCCUUGUCAUAUAUAAUCGUUUAUGUUUAUGUGAUUUUGUUCCAAAUUUAUCAACUGAAAUUUUAUAUCUAAUAUCACGAAUUUUUAAAAGUUACUAUAUUUCACUAGAAAUAUAUUUGUCUAUUUUUGCUAUUGUGUUGGUACUUUGUAAGUGUUAGUCUAAAUAGAAAUAAAAUAGCUUUUUGUA